AUGGUGGAUGACGAGUUCCUGGCUGGCAGGGAGGAGGCCCGGCGGUGGGCGAGGGAGGUGUACGAGGACAUCGUUAAGCGUAUGGAUGAGUUGUUCACUGAUUCUGACUAUGGGAGCUACUCGGAUAUGUACGACACUGACACUGAUGAUGAUGAGGAGGAGGUUGCUCUGUCUCCCCUAGCAUCUCAGCUCCCUUUCCCCCUCUUCCCUGGUUGUGGCAUCUGUGAUUUUUUUAAUGGAUUUGGGUGGUGGUGGUCGUGGUGUGCGGUGCAGCCGACAGGGGAUAACGGGGCAACGCGGGCGCCGAUAGUGGUGGAUCUGCAGAGGGAGCCGGGUCUCAGCAGCAAGUCCAUCGUGCUCCAGUUCGACAGCAAGUCGCAGCAGGUGUCCGCAAGUGCCCUCCGGCAUUCACUGCAGGACAGACUCAGCAAGGGGGCAUCUGGUGGAUCACGGAGGGGCCGCGCUGAUGAGAUUUACCUCAAGCUGCGGACAAGUACAGCUCCCCCAUUAAAGCUGAUUGAUUUACCUGGGAUAGACCAGCGAGCUGUUGAUGAUUCCAUGAAUGUGGGGCGGCGGCUGCCCACAGCACCGGCGGAGAUGGAGCCUGCAGCGACGCCACAUUUCUUCACCCAGAUUUUCCCCGAGGAGGUUGCUAAUCUUGAUUGGGUUCCUGAUGGGUACGUCUUCUUCCAAUGCUCCUUAGGAUUAGGAAUUCACCAUAGGUUAGUGCUAACUUUAGACUAG